GUUAAAUGAAUUCAGCUGACGAUAAUUGUAUCAAGCAUUUACCUUUUACAAAUAAAAGGUUAAGCUAAGAUGUUAAAACAAAUUAAGGUGAAAUAUCGUUCUGUAAUAUAAAUAAUACGGUGAAUCAUGUCCACAUAAUAAUUUCUAAAAAAUAGAAUAACAAGAAUGCAAAGGACUUUUAUACCUCAACCCGGUCAAUGAGCAACUAAUCUGAGCUGAUUAAAAACAAGAACCCCAUUUAUGACCUUACGUUCCCUUCCAUCUCUCUCUCUUCCAUUCCUCUUUGCGCCAUGACCAUUUCAAUCAUCUAAAAAAGAACAAAAAUAAACAAACAAAUAAUAAAAAUUAAAGAACACAAAGAAGUCUCCUCUCUCUUCGCUUUCUUCUCUCUUCUUCAAUCCCCACCUUCACUUCUUUCCUAAAAAUCAAUCUUUUUUUUUUUGAAUUUAUUUUUCUAUCUUACAGUACCACAUACAAUAACAAUGGAUGAUAGCAUGUCUGAGAACCACCCUCCAGAAAAACAAUUGUCUAGAAAAUAUUCUAACACUUUCACAGGCCUUAAUUCCAAUUCCAUUCCCAUUAACUCUAAUCAUGACUUCAACCCUGACCCUGACACCAGAACUUCCAAAAAGCCGCCUUGUGACUCUCCAAAGAUGGAGGUGAAACUUGAUCAAGAAUCAGAAAAACCAGUUGAUAUUGAAGGAGCUCAUCAGGACAUUGACGACAUUGAAAAGAUUAAUGAAAUACCUGCUCCUGAAAUUCAUUAUACCCUUGAAACGCUUUUCGAAGAUAUCGACCAGUUUCUUUCGACAUCAUCCUCUUUAGCACAAAAAGAGAAUAAAAGCGAAACAAAAGAUACAGUUGUCGAAGAAGCAGGGCCAGAGGAAAAGGGUGAGAAUGAUGAAGAAGAUGAGAAUAAGGUUACACCAACGGAGAUUCCUAUUUUCAUUGACAAGUUUUUAGAAAUUGUUGUAGAAAAGAUAGCAGAACAUGAAUCAAAUGAAGGGAAAAUGAAAUGGCGUCAAGUGUCGGAGAAUGACUCCUCAUUUCUUGAAGCUGUAAACCGAAUUUCGAAGCUUACAAACCAUUUUACUCAAUUCAAAUCAGACCCAAAUUACUGCUUAUUGGUUAAUAGUAUUGGAGGCAUUCAACAGAGAGCAAUGUCUUAUUUGGAGGACGAAUUCAGGUUGCUUCUUGAAAAUUAUAAAAGCAACAUUAAUGACGAACAAGAUCACAACAAUGAAGCCAAAGGGAAGCAGCAAGAAGGUGAUUAUUGUACAUUACCGGAAACUAAACCUGAAUCAACUGAUCAGGAGGACAACUUCUUAGGGUAUUCUGAUGAUGUGGUACGCAAUUUGAAAAGAAUUGCCAAGGAGAUGAUAGAGGGAGGAUUUGAAUCUGAAUGCUGUCAAGUUUACAUGAUAACAAGGAGGCAUGCUUUCGAUGACUGCUUGAACAAGGUGGGAUUUGAGAAAAUCAGCAUUGACGAGGUGCAAAAGAUGCAAUGGGAAGCAUUGGAAAGAGAGAUCCCUGCAUGGAUCAAGACUUUCAAGGAUUGUGCAUUUAUAUACUUCUCAAAAGAGCGCAAGCUUGCUGAGGCUGUUUUCUCUGAUCGCCCAUCAAUCUCUUCCUUCCUUUUCAGCAAUCUUGUACGAGGUGUUAUGAUCCAGCUCCUCAAUUUUACCGAAGGCAUUGCCAUGACAAACCAUUCGGCUGAAAAACUAUUCAAGUUGUUAGACAUGUAUGAAACUUUGCGUGAUAGUAUUCAAGCCAUGGAUGGUUUAUUUCCUGAUGAAUGUGAAAAUGAGCUUAAAACAGAAAUGAUUACGGCGAAAUGCAGGAUUGGAGAGGCUGCAAUUAGUAUAUUUUGUGAUUUGGAGAACUCAAUCAAGUCUGAUACUGGAAAAACUCCGGUGCCUGGUGGUGCUGUUCAUCCUUUAACUCGAUACACAAUGAAUUAUCUAAAAUAUGCGUGCGAGUACAUGGCAACUCUUGAACUAGUCUUUAGAGAACAUGCCAAAAUAGAACGUGCUGACUCAACAAGUAGGACACAAUUUGAAGAUGAGACACAAGACUUCGAUAAGAGCAAUGCAAUAGAAAGUCAUUCUCCAUUCUCAGUUCAAUUGAUGAGAGUUAUGGAUUUACUAGACUCAAAUUUAGAAGCUAAGGCCAAACUCUACAAGGAUAUAGCAUUGAGCAACAUUUUCAUGAUGAACAAUGGACGAUACAUCUUGCAGAAGAUCAAAGGCUCAACAGAGAUCCAUGAAGUGGUGGGAGACACUUGGUGUCGAAAGAAAUCUUCAGAUCUUAGAAAUUUCCAUAAGGGUUAUCAAAGAGAGACAUGGAGCAAGAUAUUGCAUUGUUUAGGGCAUGAAGGUCUACAAGUGAACGGAAAAGUGCAGAAACCGGUUCUAAAAGAAAGGUUCAAAAGCUUUUAUAUGAUGUUUGAUGAAAUCCACAAGACACAAAGCUCAUGGGUGGUGAGCGAUGAGCAGCUUCAAUCUGAACUUAGGGUUUCUAUAUCAGCACUGGUGAUUCCGGCAUACAGAUCAUUUAUGGGGAGAUUCUCGCAGUAUUUAGAUCCUGGAAGACAGUAUGAAAAGUAUGUUAAGUACCAGCCUGAAGAUAUUGAGACUUGUAUUGAUGAACUCUUUGAUGGAAAUGCUACGCCGGUGGCCAGAAGAAGACCAUAACCUGCCUACCACAAAUUGACAGAUUUAACAUCGAACAGAAACGAAAGUUUAAGCUUGUAUGAUUGAGAUUUAUUGAUGAUGAGUUGAUACCUAGCUAGCUAUAUUCUUCUCUUUUCUUUCUUUCUUUUUUUUCUUUUCUUAUGGGGCAGCAGAAAACAUCAGUUCAAGCCCUCUAUUUUUCCUGUAUGUUGAUAAUGCAUAUUAAAUUGCUUUUCUUUUUA